CGUAUCAUCCUAGAAUUGCACUGUUCGUUCUACAGAUCUAGACGAUUACGUAGUUUCGUUAACAGUUUGAAGCUCGCGGUAGCUCAAAAGAACUUCAUUUUGGCUUGCAGUGAUUCAUCGAGAGCAUUCGAUAUAAAAGUAUAGAUCGGGAAAUUUAUGUUCUUUCGCUAGAUAACUUUUUUACUGUGCUGUUGGUAAUAUUUUACAUAUGGCGGAGUAAUAAACAAAAUCUUGCUAGUACGCGGAUUAUGUUGGACACGUAACCUGUUUACAUUGAAGUUUAUAUUAUGAAGAAAUCCUUUCGUUGAAUUACUAAUAAAAAACACAGAUAACCAUGCCACCGAAGUUUAAAAGAACAUUCUCACUAGAAGAAGCUACGAGCUCAAACAAAGAAGAAACGGCAGUUCUAUUGGAACACAAAAGUGGCAGUGAAGAUGAAGAUUACUUUUUGAAUGGACCUACUGGCAAAUCCUCUUUUGGUAAUCAAGAUGAUGAAAGAGUGCGACAGGUUCAAGCUCAAAUUGCAGAAGUUACAGGAGUUAUGCGAGAUAAUGUUGGCAAAAUUAUGGAACGAGGAGACCAGCUGGAAAACUUGCAAGUUGCGUCAGAUAGACUUAGUGCUGCAAGUUAUGAUUUUCAGUCUGCUUCAACUCGCAUAAAGCGUCGUGCAUGGGCACAGCACAUGAAAAUACGAGCAAUUAUUGCUGCAUUAAGCGUAUUGUUCCCAUUAUCGUUCACUACUCAUCGUGAUGUAUUCAUUCCCAAUGGCUUCAUUUUAGCUUCAAGGCUGUAUCUGUGCCCUUGCACCUAUGUUGUCUGUGUGACUUAAGAUCUGUGAUAUGUCAGCUUCAGAGAAGUUGGCAAAAGUUGUUUCUUUCUGCAUAGAAACUGUGAACUUGUCAUAAUUACUUGCAUUUCUGUACCUUCAGUGACACUCAGUUAAUUCAGAGUUGAUGUUUGUUUUAAGAUAUCUAAAAACAGAUGUGCCUAAAAACUGUUGCUUUAUUUUUUUGUUAUUUAUUGAUUAAUGUAGUUAAACACAGAUUUUUCAAAGGGCAUUUUUUAAAUUAUUGAAUUUGUAUAUUUGAGUUUGAGAAGUGUAGUUAAGCACUUGUGGUAUUGUAUUUGUUAACUUAUAGAAAUUGUUUUUGUUACAAGCUUAAAGAAAGGAAUGUAAAUUUUAAAUACAUAUAGUUCAUAAAUGUAGUGAAUUGGUGUUAAUUUUUUUUCUCUACUCCUAGGAAGUCCUGUGCAAUAACAAAAAUUGCUGCAAAUAUUUCUCCAGUUAUUAAUGCAUUUGUAUUGCAUUAAUCACAAAUCACAAAAUAAGUUGUCAUUGCAUUUUAUACAUUGUGAUUUCACUUCUCAGACGUGUGAAUGCUCAAGAUUCGUUGUAGAUGAACUGAAUUGUUUUAUUAUUUUAACUCUGGAGUUAAUCAUUAUUGACUUAUUCUAUGAAUUUAAAAUUUCAGUACAUUAUUCCUAUUUAGAGAAUUUAAGCUUGUGAGAAUAUAAAAGAAAACCCACAUUUUUUUCAUAUAUCACACCAGAGUAUAAUAAAAAAAAUAAUACAUGUGGGAUUGAACCCAAUGAAACAACUUUUGUAAUUGAACACUAACUUAGUAUCACCAUUAGAAACAUUCUUGGAAUCACAGAAAUUAAUUUCAAAUCAAG